AUGGUGAAUAUUCCGGUGAGGUUCAAUAGGAUGGCGGCCGCCUUCGACGAGAUGGCUAGGGUUAGGUCAUACGAGAGCAGCGGCAGCGAGCAUUCCUCCGCAGAUUUGUCCGAUCUCGUCAACUCCUUCUUCGAGAGGGAAAUCAGAGAGCAAAUUAGAACCACCGACGAUGACGUCAUCGAUCGUGAUGAGAAUGGGAACCGGAUUGACGACGGUGACGAAUCGGAUCAAAACAACUCUAAGGAUUUCGAACUCGAAGAUUCUCUGAAGAAAUUGUUCAAUCGCGACCAAAACGACGUUGUCUUCAGAAGCCGUAUUCAUGCUGAGGUGGAGAAGGCGUUGGCAGAAGUCGCCGCCGGCGACAAUUACUCGUCGCCGGAUUUUAAACGGCGGCUGAUGGCUCGGUUGCGCAGCGGUGGCUUGGACGCCGGCAUGUGCAAAUCGAAGUGGGAGAAAAAUGGCCGGAUUCCGUCGGGGAACUACGAGUACGUCGACGUGAAAGCCGGCGAAACACGAUACAUCGUCGAAGUAUAUAUAGCAGGAGAGUUCACAAUCGCACGUCCGACGGGUUGCUACACGUCGUUGCUCGAUUUAUUUCCGCAGAUUUGUGUCUGUAAAGAGGACGAGUUGAGCAGGCUGGUGAAGCUAAUGUGCAGGGCCAUGAGAAAGUCGAUGAAGAGCGUCGAUUUAACCUUGCCGCCGUGGCGCCGCCUAGCCUACUUGAAAGCCAAGUGGUUUGGGUCCUACAAACGGACAAUUAACGAGGUUCGAGGGGGAGUGGCGGCGGCCAAGGACUUGGCCGGAAAUAGAUUUGUCGGUUUUGCUCCCGCGGCGGCAAUGGGUGCUUCCUUAUAUUGCAGAGUUGAUUUUACGACCAAAAGUGGGGGUAGGGUUGGUAAUUUGGCGGCGGCGUUUAAGCAAAAGGAAAUGGUGGUACUCUAA